AUGAAACCUACUUUAUCUAGAGUGAAGCAAAAUUCAGAUGCCUCAACAACUAGUAGGUCAUCGACAAUAUGGUCAAAAGAUGGAGGUUGCCCUUUUGGAACUGUUCCCAUUAAGCGAAUAACUAAAGAUGAUCUUAUUAGACAAAGACGUAUACCACCGCCAGAAAAUGUCACAUUCGGCUCUCAAUCAGCUGUCAGCAACAACAAUAGUGAGGCAAAAGGAAGAUACAUAUCUUCACAAGGAUAUAAGCUUGCAAUAGCUCAAAUUCUAAAUAAUCCAAAUAACAAGUUUGCGGGAGCUGGAAUGGCAACUAAUUUCUAUAAUCCUCGUGUUGAAGGCCAGCAACAUAGUGCAUGUCGAUUAAAAAUUCAAAAAGACUCAGAUAUCUUACAAGUUGGUUGGAGAGUGGACCCAACUUUAUAUGGGGAUUCCAAAACUAGGCUUUUUAUACACUUACAGGCCGGUAAAAUUCAUUGUUUCAAUACAUUGUGUCCUGGCUUUGUACAAGUAAGUAGUGAGAUACCUCUUGAUAUGUCAUUCGAGGAUUAUCUUUCACAACGUGGAGGGGCUAUUUGGGAGGAAAAAAUGUACAUUGAUCGGGAUCUAGCCAACGGAAACUGGUGGCUUCUAAUGGAAAAGGACUAUAAACAAGUUGGUUUUUGGCCGCAAAGAAUCUUUACUGGCCUUACAAGUUUUGCUACGAACGUUGAAUGGGGAGGAGUGGUAUACAGUCCACCAGGUGUACCUGAACCUUCUAUGGGCUCAAGCUUUUUCCCCAUUAAAGACAGUGCUUAUGAUGCGUAUUGUACGAAACUUACAAUUCUAAACGAGGAAGGAAAAACGUUUGAAGUAGAUAAUGUGACUACGCAUACCGAUAAUCCCAAUAUGUAUAAGGUUUUAUUUGAACCACUUUGGGAUGAUACCAAGCCUUUCCUAUUUGUUCUUUAUGGGGGACCUGGUGAGAGAGCACAAGUCUAAGUCUUGUAAUACAACUAUUAUGACAAUAUUUAUUUUCAAUGUCUAAA